CCCCACGCCGGAAACCAGAAGCGAAUUUUCUUUCUCUCUACAGAGAGGGGGAGGGGGAGAGAGAGAGGACGAAGUAAUCGCCGACUCCAUCGCCAUCGAUUCUAUGGAAGAAGAGAAGUCUCUGAUCACAUCUCUCGCGUCCUGCGAACUCUACCCCGAAAUGCCUCAAGGUGAGUCGAAGGCACGGCGGCGGAGGAAGAAGAUGAAGAUCGUAGACGAUGGAGAGAUGGAUGUCGCCGGUGAGGGAAAGAAACGGCGGCUGAGUGAUGAUCAGGUGAGGUUUCUGGAAAUGAACUUCGGUAAGGAGCGCAAGCUGGAAUCUAGCCGGAAAGUUCAUCUCGCCAUUGAGCUGGGCCUCGAUCCUAAACAGGUCGCCGUCUGGUUCCAGAAUCGGCGAGCUCGCUGGAAGAGCAAGCAGCUCGAGGAUGAGUACGUUCGCCUCAGAUCUUCACACGACGCCGUUCUGAUCGAGAAAUGCCGCCUCGAGAGCGAGGUCUUGAUGCUUAAGGACAAACUGGUUCAAUCGGAGGAAGAGAUCAAGAGACUAACCUCAGACGCCGGCGGCGCCGGCGGCGAGGCGGCGGGCGCCGGGAGCCCGACCUCUUCGAUGACGACGGCGACGCAUUUGGGGGAGUUUGGGAUGGAUGAGGGGGAUGGAAUGUAUGCGACGACGGCGUAUGGGGACAGUUACUACUACAUGAUGGAGUUAGGCUAUCUGUAUGGAAUGUGAUGACAAAUAUGGAGCUGAUUAAUAUGUGAUUAGUGUGUGAUUUAUGUUAAUAAUCUGGAUUAAGUUGAGUUUAGAUUAGCUGCUCUUGCCGGAACGUAUUCGCACGAUAACAAUUAACACCGAGCUAGGCGGGUGUUGGUAUUAGUUGAGUAUUAAUAUUGUUUAGGAAGAUUAACGUGUAAUUAAUGUAAUUUUAUGUUUUAAUUUCCCGUUAUUUAACUUUGGGCUGUUUAACUUUCUAAGUUAAUAAAAAUUAACGAACUACUAAUUUAGUGCUUCGGAUG